GUCGCAUAUCAUGUGCGGCCAAUCCGCGAAGUCCGGCUGCGCUAACCGGCCGGCCGGCCUUGUUCGAGGUUUCUCUUUACUUUUGACCCGAGGGCAUCUUCUUUUUUAUCUGCAAUGAUUCUGAGACGUGUAGUUUCUCAGUCUGCAGUGCGCCUUGAAGCUGUGUGGCCGACACGUUGGCUCUCGAAAAUGGCGUCUAAGAGGGCAAAGCUUACCGACGAGGAGAGGAAGACCAGCCUGGAGCCCCUGUUCACUGCUGGAUGGACGCAGGUCAAGGACCGUGAUGCAAUAUACAAGGAAUUCCUAUUUAAAAAUUUCAACCAGUCGUUUGGCUUCAUGACACGCAUAGCGAUGCAAGCUGAAAAAAUGGAUCACCACCCCGAGUGGUUCAAUGUCUACAACAAGGUUCAGAUCACCCUCAGCACCCACGAUGUCGGUGGACUCUCUAGCAAUGACGUUAAGCUUGCCAACUUCAUCGAAGCAGCUGCCAAAAGUGUAACUGCUUAGGUCUUGCCAAGGAUCUCGCAAAUUUCGUGUAGUGAAAUCGCUAUGCAUGAAAGAACAAUUGCCUGUUUUCACAAUUUUUCUCUCAAUAAAGUGGCAACAUACUCGUGAUGAAA